GUCAUGUUUGCAUAAUUUUCUUUCAGAAUGCCUAAGUCAAAGGAACUUGUUUCUUCAAGCUCAUCUGGCAGUGAUUCUGAUAGUGAAGUCGACAAAAAGCUGAAGAGGAAAAAGCAGGUUGCUCCAGAAAAGCCUGUUAAGAAGCAGAAGACGGGGGAGACUUCCAGAGCCCUGUCGUCGUCCAAGCAGAGCAGCAGCAGCCGAGAUGAUAACAUGUUCCAGAUUGGGAAAAUGCGGUAUGUCAGUGUUCGGGACUUCAAAGGGAAAGUCCUAAUUGAUAUUAGAGAAUAUUGGAUGGAUCAAGAAGGUGAAAUGAAACCAGGAAGAAAAGGUAUUUCUUUAAACCCCGAGCAGUGGAGCCAGCUGAAGGAACAGAUUUCUGACAUUGAUGACGCAGUAAGAAAACUGUAAGGUCCGAGCCAUAUCCAACCUGCACUGUUGUCGUCGUUUUAACCUGUCUUUUUACAUGGGCUUUUGUUUCCUAACUGUUGUUUUCCAAGCUAUUGUAUAUUUGGAUUGCAAAACAAUUUGUAAGAUGAAUGCUUUUUUUUUAGUGUGCAUUAUUAAAAAUGUUCUGAGUGAAGCUAAUUGUCAACUUUAUUAAGGGGAUUGCUUGUGCCCACCACCUAGUGUGAAAUAAAGUCAAAUGAUACAAUCUUAA